GACAAACGAAGGGUUCUCAAUAAGCUGGUACUUGUUGGUACAAUCAAUAGAUAGCUACAACUUCAGCUAGUACAAAUUCGGGAAAUGUUAAUUUUUUUUGUGAUUUUUUAUAAAAAUUAAUGAUGUAUUGUUUGCAAUAAUAGUGAAGUGAAAACUUUAAAAAAUGACUAUGGAGCUUAAUCAAGAAAAAUAUUAUGUUUGGGAUGAUUUUCAUGAAAGAUUGUCUGUAUUAGGAGCUGAUGAAGAAGAAGAAAAGAAAAUUAAAAGUCUCAAGAGAAGAAAAAAAAUCAGAACUAAAUCUCAGAUCUAUUGUCCCCAUGCUUAUUUAAAUUUAAAUUUCUUAGAUAUUCUAAAUUCUAGUCAAAAAAUAAAAUAUCGAAAAUAUUAUUAUCGUAAAGUAUCACCCAAUGAACCUGACAUUAUUAUUCUUCAAGACAUAAAAAACCUAGUACUAUAUUUUCUAAUAACUCCAGUUAGCCUUCAAUUCAUUAAUUUUCUUCAUCUUCCACUAGUGGAUCGUUUACUUCGAGCCUUGAUAAUGUAUUUUCAAUUUUAUUUACAAGUGUGGGAACAGGAAAUAAUGAAGAAAAAAGUAGCGACUGCAAAGAAAGCUUAUAAUCCACUUGCUAUUGGUGCAAGAUUAAAAAAAGCUCAUGAACUAAAAGUUCUAAGAUGUAUCAUAGCAAAAAAAUAUUGUUUACUACUACUUGGAAGUAAAGAAACUGCUAAAUUUCAUCAUUUAAUGGCUGGAAUGGAUUCAAAGUUAAUAAUUUCUCAGGGAGAAAAAGAUCUUAGAAUUUUUGAAACAUUUAUCCAAGUUGCUCAUAGAAUUGUUUGGAUAGCUUUGGCCCGAAAGCAGUUCUCUUUAAUAGAAGUAGAGCUUCAUCGAUUGUUCAGAACUGAAGCUUAUAACAUCGCUGACCGAAAAACGAAUUACUCAAUGAACCAAGGUCUUUCAGAAGAAGAAUUAUUGAUUCUUCAUGGUCCUAAAAUGCCUCCAAAAAAGAAACUCUUAAUGAAUACUCCCCUUACUCAUGAAUUGCUUAAUGAACCCUGUGAUUACCGACUAUUUAUUUUAGAACUCCCUGAUUUUAAAUCAAAAGAUCCAAGAAUAAAUUAUCUAAAAAAUGCUCUACUUGCUGAUGAAGAUGAAUUGGAGCAACUAGGUAUAAAAGUAGGAAUUUUAGGUGAACCAAGAAUCAAUUAUGAUAUAACACUAGUUCAUAUCACGAUUAAAAAAGCUUCUGAGGAAGAAGAAGAAGUUGAUAAAAUCGUAGAACGUAGAAGACGUUCAGUAUCUGAAAAAACAAAAAGAUUUAGCAUAGAGAAACAAUUUCUUGAGAUGCCUUCAUCUGGAUCAGAUUUAGAACUUCUAGAGACAUUUCCUUUAAGAGAAUCUCCAAGAAAACCAGGUAAAUAUGACAAAUAUCGAGAGGCUGCAAGGAAAAAAUGGAUAUCAAGGGAAUUAAAUCGUAAUACGUAUAUGGGAGACUUAAGUAAUACGUAUUCUGAUACAAUAUCUCUGGCCACGAAUAUGGAAAAUUAACGUUUAGUAUUAUCGUUAUUAUUUUCUUACAAAAUUUGGAUAAUUAACAUUUAAAGUGGCUAAAAAUUGUACAAUUUGUCAGGAGAUCUUAUAUGAACUGGCUGUGGUGGGAUAAAUACAAGAGAGAGCACUAAAAGGCAUGUAAAAAAUAUGCUUAUUGUAAUUAUUACUACCUAAAUAUGAAUAAUAAUUAUAAUCGUAAUAUUCAUCGAUUAUAGUAAAUAAUAAUUGUAAUAAUUAAAAUGAUAACUAAAUAAUAA